GAAUUGUAUGUCAAAGUGUAUUUUCAACAAGAAGAGGUGCUACUCUGUUCCUAUUUAAACUCAUUGCUUUUCCUCCAUGAAAUGCAAGAAGUGGUCAUACACUGACAUGGGUCUAAAUUUGAAGCAGUUAUGGAUAUCAGUGAUAAUGGUGUUAUUAUUAGAAGGAAGAUGGCGGUGUAAUGGUUGCUGGGAGGAUGACAGAAUUGCUUUACUUAAGCUCAGAGAUUACUUGAAUUAUCCUAAUGCGACGGCUAUGUCUUCUUGGAAGAAAAUUCCCAAUUGUUGUUAUUGGGAUUACGUUCAGUGUGAUUCCGUUACUGGCAGAGUAACUGGACUUUAUCCUUGGAGGGAUGGGAUAUUAGGAGAUUGGUAUCUUAAUACCUCUUUCUUUCUUCCCUUCAAAGAAUUGAAAUAUCUCGGCUUGGAGGAAAUUAACAUUUUGGGUUGUGUUGAAAAUGAAGGGUUUGAAAGAUUAUCAAGUCUUGCUAAUAUUGAGUCGCUCAGUUUAGAUGGUAAUCAAUUCAACAACAGCAUCUUGCAUUCUCUAAGUGGUCUUUCAUCUUUAAAAUCAUUAUCUUUAAAAAACAAUAGACUCAAAGGAACCAUUGAUAUUCAAGAUUUAAGUAAUUUAACAAGCUUGAAGGAGUUGAAUUUACAAGGAAAUGAAAUUCAAGGUUUCAAAUUCCCUCAGGGUUUAAGCAAUCUGGAACUUCUUGAUCUGAGUAAUAAUCAGAUUAACAACAGCUUGCUCUCAUCUCUCAAGGGAUUUCCAUCUCUGAAAUAUUUGAAUCUAGGAUACAAUUCACUCAAAGGAACACUUGACAUGAAAGAAUUGGAUGGUUUGAGUAACUUAGAGGAGCUAGACUUGAGUGGAAAUCAGAUCAUCAAGUUUCAGGCCUUGAGAGAUAAAAGAGGUCUAAACAAGUUAAGCAAACUAACUCUGGAUAACAUCACCGCAAAUGGAAGAAGCUCUUCACUGCUACAAUCACUGGGAGCAUUUCCAUACUUAAAGAUUCUUUCUUUACAAGAAAAUGAUUUCGAAGGAAAAAUAUUUGCUCAAGAGUGGCAUAAUAUGAACAGCUUGGAAGACUUGUUCCUGGACUCAUCUUCUUUGAGUGAAACCUCACUUCAAAGUCUUGGAGCACUGCCUUCUCUUAAAUUUUUAUCUCUGUGUUCACUUGUAAACACUCUACCAACGGAAGGGUUGCCAAAUUUCAAGAACCUGGAAAUUUUACACUUGAAUUCUUCUACUACUAGCAACAACAUCCUGCAAGUAAUUGGCAAAAUUACGUCUCUCAAGGCUUUAUCAUUGGUUGGCUGUGGACUCAGUGGCACUAUACCAGUUGCAUCAGGCAUGUGCGAGUUGAAACAUCUACAAGUUCUAGAUAUGAAGUUUAAUGAUCUCAAUGGUACAUUGCCUUGGUGUUUAGCAAAUAUGACAUCCCUUCAAUAUUUAGAUGUUUCUUCCAAUCAUUUUUCUGGACAAAUCUUUCCCCUUGGGGCAUUGACAUCCCUCCAAAAAUUAAGACUUUCAAACAAUCACUUUGAAAUCCCUAUUUCACUUGGUCCAUUCUUCAACCAUACAACACUCAAGUACUUUGAUGGUAAGGAUAAUGAAGUCCAUUCAAAUAUAGAGGCACACAAUUUGAUUCCAAAAUUUCAACUAGAGACUCUUCUUUUGUCUGGUCUAGGAUAUGGUAAAGCAUUUCCCAAGUUCCUCUACUAUCAACAUAACUUAAAAGAAGUUGAUCUCUCACAUAUUAAAAUGGAGGGAGGUUUUCCAUUUUGGUUGUUAGAGAACAACACGAAACUAGAAAAACUUUAUUUAGCCAAUAAUUCUCUCUCAGGGCCUAUUCAAUUGCCAAUUCAUUCUCAUAUGACUUUGUCGGAGUUAGAUAUCUCUGAUAAUGGCUUCCAUGGAAAAGUUCCGAUAGAAAUUGGAGCAUUGUUACCAAGGUUACAAGAUUUGAAAAUGUCUCGAAAUGAUUUCAAUGGUAGCAUUCCCAAUUCAUUUAGCAAUGUCAGCUUCUUGCAAGUUUUACAAUUGGAUGGAAAUCAAUUCACAGGAAAUAUCCCUAACAGCUUAUCCAAUUGCUCCUUCUUGGAAAUGCUAGAUGUUAGUGAUAAUCAUCUCUCAGGUAUUAUCCCACGGUGGAUGGGCAAUAUGUCUUUUCUUACAGUUUUGGACCUUUCAAGAAAUGACAUCUCUGGAUAUCUACCAUCAAACUUUAACCCUCCACAGUUAGUACACAUUUACUUAUCUGAAAAUAGAAUACAAGGCACAAUCUCCAAUGCAUUCUACAAUUGCUUUGACAUGAUAACAUUAGAUCUUAGACAUAAUUUGUUGACCGGAACCAUUCCAAAAUGGAUCGGUGUGAAGCUUUCCCUUUUAGGUUAUCUUUCUUUGGGUUAUAACAACUUUGAAGGAGAAAUUCCAAAGGAGCUAUGCAAGUUGGACAUUUUAAAGUUAAUUGAUUUGUCUCACAAUCAUCUUUCUGGUCAUAUCCCUGCUUGCCUGAAGUUGACAGGGGGUUCUGGGGUUAUCUCUCCAGGAAAUGAUCCACAGACUUUAGAUUUUACAACAAAGGGGAUGACGUAUCCUUAUCAGCAAAGUAUUCUCUUGUACUUUUCUGGAAUAGAUCUUUCUGAUAACAAAUUGAUUGGAGAAAUUCCUCCUGAAAUUGGAAAUCUUGAUAUGAUCAAAGUGUUAAACCUUUCUCACAACCGUUUGACAGGAGAAAUUCCAUCAUCAUUCUCCAAUCUCAGUGAAAUUGAGAGUUUGGAUCUUUCUUACAACAACUUGAAUGGGAAAAUCCCUAUUCAUCUUACACAACUAAAUUAUGUAGCUGUUUUCAGCGUAUCACAUAACAACUUAUCUGGAAAAACACCUGAGAGAGUUAAACAGUUCGCUACUUUUGAAAAGAGUAGCUAUGAGGGAAAUCCUUUCCUCUGUGGACUUCCAUUACCAAAUACUUGCAGUGCAACAUUACCACCAUCAUUGAUGCCUAGAGUUUCAACAGAUGAAAAACAAGAGGAGAAUGGCUUCAUAGACAUGAAUGUUUUCGUUGUUAGCUUUUUGGUGGCUUACGUGAUGGUAUUAUCGGCAAUAGCUGCAGUUUUGUGGAUAAACCCUCAAUGGCGACGAGCAUGGUUUUGGUUCAUUGAGGUAUGCAUUACCAGUUGUCAAUAUUUUCUGGAAGACAAUGUUUAUGUUUUAUUCAAAUUCAAACUUCCAUAGCCAAUUUUGACAUUUUUUUGCUUAUUAAGAUGAUGAUAAACUAAAUGAAUUAGUGGCUCUUCAUGUAAUCAAUAAGAUAAGAGGACAAUGUUUGUAUUCUCUUCCAAAUGCCUUUUAUAUCCUUUCUAGCUAAAGGUAUGGUUUUAUUUUAUUUUAUUUUUAAAUUCUUCAUCUUUCAAGUGGUGAAUUGUAGAACCUGAUAAUGUCAAAUGAUAAUCUUGAAUGUUUCUAUGGUGUU